AUGCAGGGUAAGCGGAAUGUCGGGUACUUUGUGAACUGGGGUAUAUACGGCCGCAAGUUCCCUCCUCAGGCGAUACCUCAUCAGCACCUCACCCAUAUCAAUUACGCGUUCGCGAACGUCAAAAAGGAAUCGGGCGAGGUUGUGUUGAGCGAUUCCUGGGCGGACGUCGAGAUACACUAUGACGGAGAUAGCUGGAAUGAUCAAGGGACGAACCUCUACGGUUGUCUCAAGGCCAUCUACAAACUCAAGCAGCAGAAUCGGAAUUUGAAGGUGCUUAUGUCCAUCGGGGGAUGGACAUACUCUCCCAACUUCGCCAACAUUGCCAAUCCAGCUUGGAGACAGGCAUUUGUGCGGUCCUCGGUCAAAAUGGUGGAAGAUGUCGGAUUGGACGGGCUUGACAUCGACUACGAGUACCCCAAGAACCCCUCAGAUGCGGCCGGCUACGUAUCCCUCCUCGCUGAGCUGCGCGCAGGACUGGAGCACCUCGCUCAUUCCAAAGGAAGCCGUCAGGGUCAGUAUCAGCUGACCGUGGCUGCGCCAUGCGGUCUGGAGAACAUGCAGAUUCUGAAGGUGGCCGAGAUGGAUCGCUCGAUAGACUUUUGGAACCUGAUGGCAUACGAUUUCGCCGGCUCAUGGGACUCGGUCUCUGGUCACCAAUCGAACCUAUACAGCGACAACUCGAAUGGCAAUUCCGUCGACAAGGCCGUGCGCUUCUACUCACAGGCUGGCGUCCAUCCGAGCAAGCUCGUAGUGGGUAUGCCCCUCUACGGUCGCGCAUUCGCCAGUACCGAAGGCAUCGGCAAGCCCUACUCGGGCGUCGGCGAGGGCUCAUGGGAGGCUGGCAAUUGGGACUACAAGGCGUUACCCCAGCAGGGAGCACAGGAAGUGAAUGAUCAGCGGAUCGGCGCUUCGUACAGCUAUGACCCCCAGAAGCGCCUUUUGAUCACGUACGACACACAGCAAAUCUCGCUCCAGAAGACCGCAUACAUCGAUCAGCAGGGGCUCGGCGGGGCUAUGUGGUGGGAGCUCUCUGGGGACCCGCCGGAGGAGACGGGUCGGAAUCUGGUCAGGACGGUCAAGGAGGCGAUUGGCGGAUUGGAGUGGCGCGAGAAUGAGUUGAGGUAUCCCGGUAGCAAAUAUGAUAACCUCAGGAACGGCAUGUCUGGGUAG